CUGCCCGACACCUAGCUACUUCCUUUGGACGGAGCUCAGCAGCAGCUCUAUAUAUACACACACACCUACGCCCACCAACACACACACACACACACACAGCCUAGCUAGCUAGCUAGCAACAAAGUUCGUUCGUUCUAGGGCUAGCAAGCAGUUCGUGAUCACGCACGCGUAGCGGGUGGCCAUGGGGUUCGCGGUGCGGAGGACGAGCCGGUCGUACGUGCGCCCAAGCGCCGCGACGCCGUCCGGCGCGCUGGAGCUCUCCAUCAUCGACCGCGUCGUCGGGCUGAACCACCUGGUGCGCUCCCUCCACGUCUUCGCCGCCGCGGCCGCGCCCGUCGCCGGGCGGCAGGACGACGACGCUUGGACGACGUCGCCGUCCCCGGCGCGCGCGCUCCGGGAGGCGCUCGGGAAGGCGCUGGUGGACUACUACCCGUUCGCGGGGCGGCUCGUGGACGGCGCUGGCGGGCCGGGGGUCUCGCGCGUGGAGUGCACCGGCGAGGGCGCGUGGUUCGUGGAGGCCGCCGCCGCGUUCAGCCUGGACGACGCCGGCCGCCUCGACCAGUACCCGUACGUCAUCCCGGAGGACGACCUGCUGCCGGACGCCGCGCCGGACGUCGAGCCGCUCGACCUCCCGCUCGCGAUGCAGGUGACGGAGUUCAGCUGCGGCAGCUUCGUGGUGGGGCUCAUCUGCUGCCACUCCCUGGCCGACGGCCUCGGCGCCGCCCAGUUCAUCAACGCCGUCGGCGACUACGCCCGCGGCCUCCCCAAGCCUCGCGUGAGCCCCGUCUGGGAGCGCGACAUCAUCCCGAGCCCGCUCAGCCUGUCCUCCGCGCCGCCCGUCUUCUCGCGGAUGUUCCAGUUCCGGCACCUCGCCGUCGACCUCAGCCUCGACGGCAUCGCCCGGGUCAAGUCCCAGUUCCUCCAGUCCACGGGGCAGCGCUGCUCCACCUUCGACGUCACCGUCGCCAAGGUGUGGCAGGCGCGCACGCGGUCGCUGCGCCUCGCCGACCCGGCCACGCGCGUCAGUCUCUGCUUCUUCGCCAACACGCGCCACCUCCUGUGCGGCGGCGCCGCCGCCGCCGCCGGGUUCUACGGCAACUGCUUCUACACGGUGACUGUGAGCGCCAAGAGCAGCGCGGUGGUGGGCGCGGACACGGCCGGCGUCGUGGCCAUGAUCCGGGACGCCAAGGCGCGGCUCCCCGCCGAGUUCGCGCGGUGGGCGGCGGGCGAGCUCGUGGCGCAGGACCCCUACGAGCUGAGCUUCACGUACGAGUCGCUGUUCGUGUCGGACUGGACGCGGCUGGGGUUCCUGGAGGCGGACUACGGCUGGGGCACGCCGGAGCAGGUGAUACCCUUCACGUACCACCCGUGCAUGCCCAUCGCGGUCAUCGGCCCGCCGCCGGCGCCCAAGACGGGGGCGAGGGUCACGACACGGUGCGUCGAGGAGGAGAACCUGCAGGAGUUCAUGGACGAGAUGAAAGCAUUUCAGAAGUGACACGACGACGACGACCACUAUGCUCCGACAUGGCGCACCUGCUCUGCUCUCAUCGACUUUCUUUGCUUCUCUUGUGUCUAAUAAUACUGUUUGUGUGGACUUUGCUUCAAUGUGUGCGUGUGCUAUUUAUAAAAAAAAAAUUGUGUGUACUGCUUGUGCACUCUGGCUGUUUUUAAGUUUUUGGGUUGUAUCUUGGGCUAAAAAUGGAUGUGUAAUAAGAUGUGGCCCGCCCACUCAUGGAAAUUGUAAGAUACAGUUUGUACGAUCCUCUAAAAAAAAGAUACAGUUUGUACGAAGGUUCUCCUGUCCCUCUAAUGAAGCAACGAAUUUUCUAGGAA